AUGUUAACAAGACGUCAACUAGAACUUUCCAAGGAAAAGGUGGCAAUGAAAAAGAUGAAGCCGACAUCUCCGGGACUUCGGUGGUGGAGGAAGCCUAUAUAUCCGUACCUUUGGAAAGGUAAGCCAUAUAGAGAGUUAACAGCUACUCGAGUUUCUCAGUCUGGACGUAAUAAUACUGGACGAAUCACAGUCAGGCACCGUGGAGGAGGUCACCAGCGUCGUUUAAGACUUAUAGAUUAUAAGAGAAUAGAGUCAGGACCACAGACUGUGGUUAGAAUCGAGUACGAUCCGAACAGAACGGCCCACAUUGCACUUGUAAAGCAUAAUGAGACUGGAAAAUUAAGUUAUAUCGUGGCCUGUGAAGGAUUACGUGCUGGAGAUGAAGUGGAGUCGUUCCGUGCUGGAAUUCCGGCUCGUCUUAUCAAGGAAAUGGGCGGUAAGAUCGAUCCUGCCAUUCUCUCUGUUCGUAUUUCCAGAAAAGGAAACUGCUUACCCAUUAGUAUGGUCCCUAUUGGUACUAUCAUCCACAAUAUUGGUGAACGUAAGAAUGGUGCUGCCAAAUACUGCCGGGCUGCAGGUGCAUAUGGUCGUGUUGUGACCAAAAUACCAGAGAAAGACAAGGCUGUAGUUCAACUACAGAGUGGAGAACAGAGGUAUAUAUCGUUAGAAGCCUGUGCUACACUUGGGGUGACUUCUAACUCUGCCCACCACAAUGAAUCAUAUGGUAAGGCAGGUAGAUCCAGACAUAGAGGUAUAAGACCUACAGUUAGAGGUGUGGCCAUGAAUAAUUGUGACCAUCCAAUGGGAGGUGGUAGAGGUAAGUCUAAGUCCAAUAAGCUUUCGAUGUCUCCAUGGGGAGUUUUGGCCAAAGGUGGAUAUAAGACUAGAAGAGGUAAGAAUGUUAACCGAAAUAAGGUGAAGGACCGGCCAAGAGGAAAGGAGGCCAGAUCCGGCCGUUAG